UUUCACAGCUGGCAACCCAUAAAAAUCAACAUUUCAUUUGUUAAGUUUCAUAAUUCCGGAAUGAAGUAUCGCAUUCCAAUAAUACGAAAUGCAUCGGAUUUCGUAUACUUUCUAAUAAUAAGCGUACUUCUGCCCAUCGUACUGCUUUUCGAUGUCAUUGUUGUGCUGCCAGAAAUCCAUGAACCGGACUCUUUCCCAUACGAUUUUACAAUUAUAAUGGCCCUGUUGAUAUAUUUCAACAUACAUGGCAAUAUGAUAGCCUGUAUGAUAAUUGCCACCAGCGUUAAAUUUGAGACUGUGAGAGAACCUUCAGCAGCGGAUGCCGAACGUUUGGAGUGGCGUCAUUGCAAGACUUGCGAUCGAUUUGCACCGCCCAGAUCAUGGCAUUGUCGAUAUUGUGGUGUUUGUAUUCUCAAGCGAGAUCAUCACUGUGGCUUCAUGGGCUGUUGCAUUGGCCAUCACAAUCAUCGCUAUUUUGUGUGCUUCGUUUUCUAUCUGUUUGUUGGUGCGAUUUACGCAUUGGUCUACAAUACGCUGUACAUAGUUGUGUUCACUGAUGGCGUCGCCAACUGCUGGAAAAAUGCGCUAGUCGUACGCUUUCCAGCGCACAUACCCAGCUGCAGUUUCUGGGUUAAUGUACAGAUCAUAAUCUUUGGCCUGAACAUAUUCACACUGAUCUGUGCGAGUAUGGCAUUGAUUCAACAAGUAUCCAUUGUGUUACGUGGUGCGGUAAGUGCUGAAUGUGGUCGUCAUCCCAAAUACAAUUGCGGAAUCUACCACAAUUUGAGAAGUGUUUUCGGCGUGCGAAUGCAUCUGGCUUGGAUAUGUCCCCUAAUCGAAAGCCGAUUGCCAAGCGACGGUUAUAGCUGGAAAUGCAUUUCUAAUAAGGACCUAAAAUAAACAGAUCAGUUUUAGUCAACAGAAAAAUAAAAUUGAAAGCUUAGUUCUAAAAAAAUUGUCUUAGCCAGUUGGUACUUCGAAAAUGAAGAAUAAAUUUAUAUAGAUAUCAACCCUUACCUAUUUGAAAAUAAACAACAAGAUUUCA